UGAUUCUCGGAGCAACGCCACGCGUUGAGUGUGGUAUUGAUACGAGGUUGGAAGUGGCAUUAUAUAUUUUUUUAAUAUUGUAAACGAUGAAGCAAUAAGUAUCGACCAAUUUUGGGUUAGAUCGAUAAGGGACUCACUUGUCACACAACAAUGAGCUGCCUCAAUACUUGCUACAAUAAAGUAAAAUCGCGGAUACAGUCAUGGGCAAACAAUCGAGAGUUCGUGCCCCAAACACUACGGAAGUUGGUGUUUGGGAACCUCAUCACCAUCACAAUCGCCGAGGCUGCUGCCUACCGGAUCAUCAUUCAGGACGUCCGGACUGGAAACCUUCCCCACUAUAUGCCUUACUUAUUACUUACAUUGUUCGCCAUGCUUGAGGCCAUUGCUGCCCCGAUAGUGGGGUGGCUGGGAUACAGGAACCGAAGAAGAAUGUUGCUGGGCUGGUCCUGGGGAUUAUUCUUCAUCUGUUUUACUUUAUUCUUCAUUCCUUCGCCCACUCAGCUGGAUGAAUCUGAACUUUGCAGCAGUACAAAAAACACGAUUAUAAAAUAUACAGGUGUGUCAGCCGUAACUGCUGUACGAUUGUCGAUAGUUCUAUUCACUGCCACCUGCUUUCUUCUAACGAGGGUGGCGACGUGGAGUCACUACUUGGCGUAUACUGAUGAAUAUGCACCAGAAAGAUCGAGUGUUCAUGUGGGUAUCCUUGUAAUAUCUCGAAUAAUCCCGGGUAUAUUUGGAUUCAAGAUGCUGACAGUUGUACUCGAAAAGAGCAUUAUAAUAAACGCUGUGAUCCUGACGAUGCCGUUGAUUGUUCAGAAUGUCCAGAUGCAUUUCGCAAUACCCUCGUCUUCACCUGAGGUGGGUGGCGUGGCUAAGGCUUCACCUUCAUUGGAUGACAGAGAUUUCUUCACAAGCUUGCGACGUGUGCUAUUCAACUUCAUAGCAAUGUCUCAAAUGGUAGCACUGGGCUUAAUGGCCGCUGCCUUCUUCGGAUUUAGUUAUCAUGAGGAGGCUUUAGUUCAUGCGAGAUACAACAUUGUCCCGGGAACUGAAACGGUCACACAUUUCCCGGAGUUUUUCCGAUAUAUACCUGCUAUACUUGGAGUUGUUUACGUUGGCGUGAAGCAUUCUGUCCCGAUUCUCCCGGAGUUUGACUUCUUCCGCGGCGUGAAGCACAUUAUCAAGAUGACCGUCAUAGCCUUCGUGAUGUACAUAGUUGUCGUGAGCGUGCCCUCCUGCAGCAAGGGCCAGUUGGCAGGCCUGGAUGGCACCUAUCAGACCCCCAUCUGUAGCUCAUCUUGCGGAUGCGUACCUAGUUGGAACGCAUUCUCACCCGUAUGCGUAGUGGACACAAUGACUACUUUCGCAUCACCUUGCGAGGCUGGCUGUACUACUCUAGAAGACCAACAUGGUAUAUCAGUAUAUACAAACUGCAGCUGUGCUGCAACGUCUGGCAGAGCCGUGGCAGGCGCCUGCGGUGACCACGAAUGUCAACCUGCCUACCAAUUACAUCUGACACUGUACUCCAUCAUAGUGGCUGUAUCCGCAUUGGCCUUCCAGACACAAAUCAUGAUGAUACUAAAAUCAGUUGAUCCUCGAGACAAAUCGAUAGCAAUAGGGAUGAUGUGGGCGAUGAUAGCAACGGUAGCAUACGUCUUCGGGAAUAGCAUAUUUUAUGCUAUUACUUCUAAGGCGUGUCAUUGGUUCACAUGGAAGAAGUGCCAGUUAUAUAAUGAACAUUUCCCCUACAUGGUCGGAUUUACGUGUGCAUCAUUUGUUUUCAUAUCACUGUUAGUAAACUUGGCCUCACUGGGAUAUUUAAAAACUAAAUUCAAAUGUGAUUCUCGAAACGCUGUAAAUUAGUUUAAGAUGAUAAUUGUAAUGUAAAAUAGUGGAGGAACCAAAGAAAUUUAUGUCAAAUAUUAUAAUUUAACAUAACAUAAGCUGAAUUAACAUCACCUUUGUAGCAUAAGGUCCGUAUUCCACAUGGUAUCCUAGAUUGCAUCUCAAAAGAAAACUCCUUGCAGACUUAGGGUAUGUUCAGAUAUGCACUGCGAGCACUGCACAGUGCUAUCACUGUAGAAAAAUUGGUUCUGUUAUGGACUGCCAGUAUACUGUCGUAGUACCCUAGGGAAAUAUAUGACGUCAUAAAUCGCCGCCAUAUUCUACUGUGAGCACUGGCGUUUUCGAGGUAAGGUACUCGCAGUACUUUGAUCACGUGAUCAGUCAAAACCACUCGAGUGCCUAAAAUAUUAAUUAAAAUAUUUUUAAUUUGACAGUACUCCAACAAAAGUUUUUUUAAUGAACUAGAAAACUUUAAUACACUCAUUUGAAUGUUGCGUCAGAAAAUGCGGCUGACAGUAUACGGGAUUGCGUUCCGUUUUAAAUAGUAACCAGUUUAUCUAGCUAUAAAGGAACGGCUUCACAGUAUAUUAAAUUGACGUCACACUGUGCAGUGCUCGCAGUGCAUAUCGGAACAUACCCGUAAUAAUCAUAUGGCUGCACGUAGAUUACUUAGUACUUACACUUCAUAAGUAAAAUAUUGUUCUUUUCGAGUACGGCGAGAAAAUAAAGUCAAUGUUACACUAACCGUUACUUAUCAUAAUAUUAUCUAAACAAUUUGUUAUGCUUUUAAAGUGAUCCUCUCAAACCCUCACUUCUGGGAUUUGUAUAAAAUAUAGUCAUAAGAUGUUCUUCGUAAUAUGGGCUCUUACGGCCGUUCCCAAUAUACUAUCUACAGAUAGAGAUAAAUUACUACCGUCUGUCAGUAAUUAUCUGUCAAUAAUCUGAAGCUGUCCCAAUAUACCCGAUAUGUCAUUCUUAUCGCCUUAUAUAGGACGCGUUAAUUGCUAUUUCCAUACAAACUUUAUAUCGCUGGUAAGCUAUUCGUCGUCCCAUUGACAUGCACGGAUAAGGUGAGUUACCGUCGAUAAGUUUAUUGGGACAGAAAAGUCAACGAUAGUGACGAUUUUUAACUCAAGUAAGAGAUAGACUGAAUAUUGGGAACAGCCGUUAAUGAACUAGUGAUACGAGUUACAGUGAACUCGCCAAAGUUCUCAAUUUAAAGAAUUCAUCAGCUCAUCAAAAGCGUAGCGAAAGAUACUGUAAGGUAUUAUAUAAGUUAGGGAAAUAUUCAAUGUUUAAUAAUAUAAAUUAUUGACCAAUAUGUACAAAUAUAUUGCAUAUAUAAAUAUUCAAUAUAUUCGUACAUAUUGGUUGACCGCUAACAAAUUCCAGAAGCUAUAAUAGCACUUCAAACGUUUACGGUAAUAAACUAAUAAUAAACUAAAAUAAACUUGGUAUAAAGUUAUACCGAAGAAUUAACCAAGAAUGUGCAAAAUGUUGACUAUAUAACCGACAACACUGUCAAUACAAUGAUAAUUCUGAAGUUUCCCGAAUGUCAAGCAGCCUUGCAAAUAAACGCGGGAAACGUUAUACGUGAGAAUAAACCAGCAUACGUAAAAUGUCUACUUGUAAACAUUUUGCAUAUUCUUGGAUUAUUCUGAGGUAACUUUAUACCAAGUUUAUUUGGAAGGCCGUUAGAGUUACAUUGUAUAUGAGAUGGCCUUACCUCACAAACAUAAUGUGAUACAAAUUAUGAUUAAGGAAGAAAUACCUACUGUAGGUUCGGGUAAUCGUAAGCCGCAAAUUCCGUAUACAGUAAGCGUGCAUUGAUAUGUUUAUAAAAGGAAAUCUACCUGAAAGACCGGCAGCGGUAACGUUUUCAGUGAUUCAUCCGAUAUUGUAAGUAUACUUACCUACCUACCUACGCUACGGCUACACUAUCAAAUGCCAUUAUUUUUGCGUUAAACAGGGCGGUAGAUAGGUAAGGUAGUGUGGCCGUAGAAUGACACAAGUCUCAUUUGCCGUUCUAACUUAUAAAAAACGGCUCAAGGUUACUUAUUCUGGAUCUACAGGAAAUGAGUAAAUAAAAUAAUGCACCGCAUGCAUAAUAUUGACAAAAAACAAGAUAACAAAUGCUUGUAUUGUGAAAAUGUAAUUGGUACCUACCGUUAAGAUAUGUACUACACACUAGAGAAGAAAUUAGGAACAAAUUGUAGGGUGCAAAUUGAUAACAGCGGGACAAGCACUUAGACCAGUGGUGGACCAGACAGCUUAAGAAACUUUAGAGGAGGGCCAUAGUUAAAGGAAAAAUAUAUUAUGUUAUACUAUUCACGUCGAAGGACCGUCGGCGGGCCGAAUUAAAUUGACUUUUCUGCCCCAAUAAACUUAUCAACGGUAACUCACCCUAUCCGUGCACGCUGUCUGUCAAUGGGACGACGUAUAGCUUACCAGCGAUAAAAGUUUGUAUGGAAAUUACAAUUCACGCGUCCCAAAAUAAGGCGAUAAGAAUGACUUAUUGGGUAUAUUAGGACAGCUUCCGAUUAUUGACAGCUAAUUACUGACAGUAGAAGGUAGUAAUUUGUUAGAGACAAAUUACUACCUGUAGAUAGUAUAUUGGGAACGGCCGUUAGUGUAUGCAUAUCGUUUGUAGCAACAACACGCAUUUAAGGGCUGGAUUUUAUUUAAAAUAUGGGUUCGUGUGUAUUAAGAUACUGCUGGCCUCAACUCCCUCUUACAAACAAUCAACGUAGUAUUUACGUAAUUUGUAUAAUAUAUUUUAAGGAUGCAUAUAGUUAUUUUUAUUGUACAAAAACUGUGGACUUCGAGUUUGUUAUUUUUUUAUAUAAUCUAUGUGUAAAUAUUAUAUAGAUUGAAAUUA